AUGGAGAUGGUCAGUGUGUCGUGUUCAGAGGUUCAGACUCCAGCAGGUUUCCUGUAUUUGAUUCUUCCUGUUUUACUGAAUCACACCAAUAAUCCUGACUGUGAACAGAGCUGGAAAACAGAGGAUGGACUGAAGGUAGCAGAUCCAUCAGAUCCCCAGAAACUGAUCUCUCCUGUUAUUUCCGUCUCGUCUGAUCGUCUCGUCUCUUCUCUCUGUGUGAAUCUGAAUCAUGAGAUCAUCUGUGAUUCUGCUGAUGGAACUCACUUCAGUCGUGUGACAGCGUUCAGAGUGAGGAACGAAACUGCAGUGAUUCCAAACUCAGAGGUUCUGAAUGAAGUGACUCCAGAUCAGUACUGGUGGAUUUCUGCUCUUAUUGUCAUUGUUCCUCUGGUUUUGAUUUGUUUCUGUCUGAGGAAAAGGUUCUUCAGGUGCAGCUUCGCCGAAAGGAAGGAAAUAAACAGAAGAAGCUGUAAUCCUCCCAGCGGAAGACCCGAGAAGUCAGCCUCUGCACCCGUAUUAAGCCUCCGCCCACCAGGAGGCGGCAGAAGGCCAUCCGCUAGCCUCAGCAAAGCCCAGCACCCAAACACCAGAAGUUCCCUCUCCAGUUUCCAGCAGGCAACCCAUGCAGCAGGCACCACGGCUCCAGCCCCCAUAAGCCAUCAGCCUAGCCCGUACCCACUCCGUUCAUUGGACCAGAUGAACCCACACCAGCUGUACUCUCUCCCCUAUGACCUCAAUCCUACAGGACACAGAACAGAACCCUGCAAUCUUACCUGA